CGAAAACAGAUCCAGAUGUGAAAAAGGUGAUGUGUGCGGGAAGCCUCGCUGAUGGAACUAAAAGACGAUACAGGGUAGGUCACUGCACCCAUGACGCAGACGCGCCAAAGAUUUCAACUACCUAGGUAGCUUGACCGAUCAGAGACUCAAUCUGUUCCAUCUCUGCGCAAAGUACGUCGCCAUGGCUUCGAUACGCACACCAAUCCUCCGUCACCUGACGCAACCAUCUCUGCGCGCAGCGCGCUUCAUCACACACCAGCGUCGCUGGGCCCAGGUGCACGAUGUGCGCUUCCUAGCCACGACCCGUCCCUCGCAGGACGUGCUCGACCGAUAUCGCUCGAAACUCGACGAGAAGGCACAAAGCGAAGGCUUCGAGUCCAUCGACAAGCUCAAGUCUGCCUAUGCCGACAAGAUCCGCGAGGCACAAAAGAGGGACGCGGCCGACUUCCCGAUCCCCCAGGCGCCCGAGACGCCCGUGAAGCAGCCAUUCCGAGGGCCACUGCCUGGGCUCGAGACACCCGGGGAGGCUGGCGAGGCCAACGGCGGCAGGAUCCCACAGGCACCAGAGACACCUGUGACACAACCCAACGUCGACAGUCCCCUGGGGCAGCCCGAGAUCCCCCAGGCGGACGGCACACCCGUCACGCAACCGAACAAGGGCCAGGAUGCUACGCAUCAGGCGGCGCGCAGGGCGUCAGGUGCCGACAAGGCCCAGAUCAAGAUGCUGGACGACUACAUUAACGUGGAGAAGGUGCGCGACCUGCCCGAGCCGGAGCUCACGGCCAUCUGGCGACUACGCCACGCGCAAUCAGAGCACAAGCUGUGCGCCGUGGCCCCGGCCGCCGCGUACCGGACCAUGGAGCAGGCGGCGAGGGAGGCACCGCAGUUUGUCCUCCCCGUGCCGCACGAGGGCCAGGGGGCCGAGAUUCACUUUGUGCAGUGGACGUUUGACGCGCCCUCGCGGACGAGCACGGUCCUGUUCACGCAGCUGGCCGAGUACAAGGCGCGCGGGGAGUUUGCGCAGCCCCACACGACGGUGACGCACCACCUCGAUCUCGCAGACGAUCGUGGCCUGGUGUUCAUGCAGGGCCAGGUCAUGGAGGGACGGGGCAUCCAGCCCGAGCAGGCCAAGUGGCUGGUGCUGUGCCUGCAGCGGUUCUAUGGGGGGUGGGAGGCGGGCGAGGCCGAGAUCCAGGGCGAGAGGAAGCAGAGGGCGGAGGAGCGCAAGAAGCUUCUGAGCUGGUUUGCGAGUGGUGACGAGCGCUUCACCGUGGAGAAGCUGCUCGAGGAGGCGGAGAGGAUGGGCUGAUGGGGGAGAAGUGCAUAGAUCUGCGUCUUGGGCUGCUUACUGCCUGCUAGACGACCUACUAGUAGUACCUAGGCCGCCUUCUGCACAUGUACCAUAAUACCGUAAAGAACAUAUGCUAGGCAACUUGAAUACAAGACUUGCUUGGCUGAAGCAAAGCAUGCUCACA